AGAUUUUUUGAUUUCUCAUCAUCCUUCAAAGUUCAGAGUCCUCCAGCCCAUCGAGUAGCACAUGUUGGCGGUUGCCUAAUAGCAAUUAACCUACGACAAGACAAUGGGACUGGCCGGCAGAAAGGAAAAACAACGCAUUCCAAAUGACCCACGAAACUUAUCCUGGGCAGAUGAUGCAGCUCGCUUCGGCCAGUCUUAUAUGUCCAAGCUCGGCUGGGACCCCUCAAAAGGUCUAGGCGCCUCAGGUGAUGGGAUGAAAUCACAUCUUAAGGUCUCCCAAAAGCUUGAUAUGCUUGGGAUUGGCGCCGCUCAUCAGAAAGACCCGCAUGGUAUCGCGUGGAAACAGAAUAAGGAAUUCGAGGCUUUGCUGCAGAGGCUUAAUGCGCAGGAUGGUCAAGAUUCUGCUUCUAAGCAUGUACUAGGAGAGUUUGUUCGGCCUGAGCACUCUGCAACAGACGUACACUCCGAAGAGGACAAGGAACUGGACCCAUCACCGAAGAAAGAGAAGAAGCGUAAGCGAAAGGAAGGGGGACAUGUCGAGGACGGAAAAGAUAAGAAGAAGCGGAAGAGAGACAAACGCCAGGAUGAAGAUGUCAAAGAUUCAGCUGCAGUAGAUUCGUCAAAACCCGCUUCACCACACAUCGAUCCUCCUGCCCCAUCCCCAGAUACCGUGUCAUCCAUUAUUCAAACAAGGCCAAAGGGACGCCCUAUGGCCCACCGUGCUCGCAUACAAGCUGCUAAACGCCUUGCCAACAAAUCAGCAGCUGCCAUCUCUGAAAUUCUUGGGAUCGCACCGACUCCUUCAUCCGUUUCCUCUACAACCCCCUCCGGUUCUCUGACCCCAAUCACACCUGGAGACAGCGACCUCCCGCUCGAGAAGCUCACAACAUCGACGAAAAGCGUUGCAGAUUAUUUUAAGGAAAAACUUGGCGCGAAAUCUGGCUCCAAUACCCCAGCUGCGAAUGACGAUGGCAGCACUUCUCGGGGAGGGAUUGGCUCCAGCGCCCCCUCUCGAGACGAUGUAGAUCAACCGCGAAUUGGACUCGGCGCAGGUCGCAGCUUUGGAGAAGGUGGCUCUUCGAACGUGGUCGCCCAGUUCUUCAAUGCAUCCUCUUCAUCACAUGCCACGGUUGUUCAGAUGGCAUCUUCCGCUAUACAGGCCAUAAUUCAACCUCCCGAACAAACGCCGACAUCUUCUACAGAUAAUUCCAAGGACGAAGAAAUGACCGAGAAACAGCGACGCAAAGCGCAGAGAAAAGAAGCAAGGAAAAAGCGCGACGCAGAGGUAGUUGAUGUACCUGCGGGGGCAGGAGUCGAGAUGUCUAACAGCGAUGCCAAGGCGGAAAAGAAGAAACGGAAAGAGGAACGGAAGGCGAAAGGUGCAGAAUCAUAUGAUUUUGCUCCAUCGGCUGUUGUGGAAGAAGACUUAGAGACUGAGAGGAAGAAGCGGAAAGAUGACAAGAAGAAAAGAAAAUCAAAGUCUGAUAAUCAAGAGGAAGGUGAAAACCGGUCCAAAAAAUCUAAAAAGCGCACAGAGCUGGCCGAUGACUCAUGACCUCUCGAAAGUCGCCAUUAUACCGUCUAGAUCUCAUAUAUACCAUUACCAUCAACCGGUACUACAUUAUCAAAAAUAUUUGUACGU